AUGGGAAAUAUCUGUGGCAAGUCGGAAAGUGACAACUUCUCCCAGCCAGGCCGCGUCCUCGGUUCCGCCCCGCCUCAGCCGGAGCGCUCCUCGGUCCCGGCUUCGGUCAGCGGUCCGCCCCGGACCUUGGGCGGAAACUCUCAAAAGCCGGUGGACAACAGCAACGCGGAGGAGGCUCGGAGACGAGCUGCCGAAGCUGCCGAGGCAAGGGCAAAUGCUGCAGCCUCAAAAUCUACGGGAAAGCUGGGCACACAGCUGGCUGCACAGAAGAAGCAGACGCGUAAUGAGGUGCUCAAGGAAGUUAGCAAUAAUGAAGUAAGGCAGCGGGACGCUGAUGAGGCAGCAAACGCAAGAAUUCAUAAUUAG